UGUUGUUCCCUGUGUAGAGAGAGCUGGCUGGACUGUUCUCAUCUUGCGGAGAGGUACACGACAUCUGGCUGGCCAAUAGGAGACCAGAUAUGGAGCACACAUAUGCGUUUGUGCGUUUCUAUGACCAUGAGAGCUGUGUCCUGGCCUGUGAAACCAUGAGGGGAACAGAGGUGAGGGGGAGAGCCCUGAGGGUGAACAUCGCAGAUGAGCCCAUAAAGGAUGGCAGUCAAAAAGACUCCCUGGUGAGGCAGACCCCCGUGGGACGGUACUAUCCGAAGACGGAGAACUCGUCGGAGAGGAAGCUGGUGUGGGCGCUGCGCCAGUCCUGUUCCACCUUCCACAGUCAGCAUGUGUUGUACGCUAACCAGUUCUUCCUGCAGCUCCAGGACCCACAGUCAGGAGCAGGGUUCUGUGCUAACAGACUGGUGGUAGACUUUGAGGAAGUUCUGUCAUGGCUGGAGGAUAUCCCAGAAGACCUUGCUCCAGCAGUGGGAGACGAGGGACCUGCAUACACACUACAGGAUGGUCCAGGGGAACUGUGA